AUGGUAUCAGCGCACAGGGAAUUGCUCCUGUCUUCUUUCCGUUUCCAAUUCGAUCUUUAUUCUCGACUUGAUCUUCUUCCUAAUUUUCAAUUCACCAUGGUCGAUUCUUCAGAUGAUUCCAUUCCAAAUGCUUCUACAUCCACUGUUAGGGUAGAAAUCCCUAGUCCUUUCUACUUGCAUCCAUCUGAGAAUGCGAGUUCAUCCCUAUUACCUGCAGUUUUCGAUGGAACUGGUUACAGAUCCUGGAGAAGAGCAGUUCUCAGGGCUUUAUCUGUUAAGAGAAAUUUGGGAGAACUAGAAGAAAGGUACGAUCAAACCAAUGGUUGUAAGUUGUACCAGCUUCAAAAGGAGAUCAAUGACCUUGUCCAAGGCACUCUGGAUAUCACUGGUUACUACACUAAAAUGAAGAAACUCUGGGAAGAAAUGAGCACUAUUGAUAUCAGCUCUCAGUGCAAUUGUGUGUGCACUUGUGGUGGUAAAACAAAAUUGGUUAAGGCUGAACAAGAUCGCAGCCUUAUACACUUUCUAAUGGGUUUAAAUAAGAUGUAUACUGCAGUCCGAGGCAACAUUCUCAUGAUGAAUACUCUACCAAGUAUGGCCCAGGCUUUUGCCAUCUUGUCCCAAGAAGAGAAGCAAGGGGAGGUGAAGCCUCAUAAUCAUACAACCUUGGAUUCUACCUCUCUCAAUGCCUAUGGACAGACCCCCAACAGGGGAUUCAGGACAAACUAUAGUUCAUCUAGAGGAGGUGGAACCAGUUCUGGAAAUACAAGCAAUAACACUGGGUUUAGAGGCAAUUCUAGUACUAGCAGGGCUUCUUUGUUCUGUGACUACUGUAAGAAAUCAGGACACACGAAGGAUAGAUGUUACAAGCUUCAUGGAUACCCAUCCAAUCCAAAUCCAAGGUUCCAAAAGGGAAAAGGCACAGGUUCUGCAGCAAAUGUGUAUGCCCCUGAUAUGAAUGGAGUUCAAUCUAAAGAGAAAUCUGAAGUAAGGAGACAAAUGCCAUUGAACCUGUCCAAAGAUCAAUAUGAACAACUAUUCAAUCUCUUGGGAACUCUGCAAGUGGAAAUGGAGCCUCAAAUUCAAACAACUCAAACAACAUGCUGA